AUGAAGGCGAACUUCUUUACCUAUCUUUUUCUCUUUGGCGCAGCCUUCGCCCAGUCCCCGCAUUUUGUGGGGCAGCCGUCGGCUUCUAUCAACAACAAUGGAUUUCUGACGGUCUCCUUUAAGGAGGCAGGACUCGGGGCAAACCAAAACAUCCUUUACACAGUCGGAGCGGACUUCCAAGCUACGUACCAGUGCUGCAAUAAGGGCGGCAAGCAUCCUCAGGCGGGCAACAAGGAGACAACGACAGGUCUUGUCUCAGGGUCGGGCACCUUUAAUUCAGGGAAGAAUGGCAACAUUCAAGGAAGCAUUACCCUGACGUCCGGCCCGAGCCCAGGCGACUUUACGUGUCCUCCAGGCCAAAAUCUUCUGCUCACUAGCCUCGAAUAUUCCGAUAUUGUGUUGACCGAUACCACCAAUCAUGUCUCAGUUAACGUUGCGGCCCCAACCCCCGUCACACCACAAACGUGUUAG